CCCCCAUGAUCGAAGACGGAUUACGCUACGUUUGUUGAACCCAUGUUAUCCGUCUUCCGCGACGUCGAGAUUAGUAUCGUGAACGAUAGCGAUACAAUCGUGGACGUUGAAGCGCGAAGAGUGGUCUUGCACUGCACCAACCGAGCCGAUACGGACGCAGGCAAAUACAGGAAUGAAUAUGUUUUCAUCCUGACCAUCAAUGAGGACAGUAGGCAUGUCGACAAGGUUGUCGAAUUCAUUGACGCGGCAUAUACCAUGGACUUUAAACGUCGCAUUGGCUCGGUUCGAGAGCCUGCCAACUCUGAUAACGGGGAACAAGCUGCAUUGGCGGGAAAUGUCAGCAACACAGAAGGUCAGCUUUUAGCUUGA